AUGGCUUGGCCUCCCCGCACCAGAGCGCAGCUGGGUGGAAUCUUUCUCGCCUUCUUCGGGUGGGUCUCAUCUUGUGUGACAACCAUGGUGCCUUUCUGGAAGAAAUUGAACUUGGACUUAAAUGUGCUCGAAGAGUGGAACAUGGGACUUUGGCUCGCUUGCGUCAUUCAAGAAGAGGGCCCGUUGGAGUGUAAAGCCUACGACUCCCUGCUGGACUUGCCCCUGGUAUUUGGACUCGCCAGGAUUUUAAUGAUUGCUGCCAACGGCCUGGGAUUUCUUGCAUUCUUCCUUUCUCUUUGGGGGUUGAACUGUCUGAAGACAAGGAAUAAAAACACAGAACUGAAACAAAAGCUCGGGGUGGCCGGGGGAAUCCUCUUCUGCCUCUCUGGAGUAAUCACCCUGGUUCCAGUCUCCUGGGUCGCCUACAACACUGUACAGGAAUUCUGGGAUGAAACAGUGCCUGAGAUUGUUCCAAGGUGGGAAUUUGGUGAUGCUUUGUUCUUGGGUUGGUUUGCUGGGUUUUUCCUUAUAGUCGGUGGGCUCCUUUUCAUCUGCUCCACCGGUGUGCCGGAGACCCAUGAGACACCCCAGCCGUUUGCAAGCCACCCUCACCCACAGGCACCAAAACCACCAAGGCUGCAAAACCGACAUCAGUAUACAGCAACCAAAAAUGCUGACCUUGUCAUCUGA